AUGCCAACAAACACACUGCUCCGCUCCCUCCUCAUUGCCACCAUAUCCUCCAACAAAUUCCUCUUGGUGCCAUCACUACAACUUCUAUCCUUUCUCUCAAAACCAAACAGAAGCUUUCUUUUCAAUGUUGAUCGGAACCCUGUUCUCAAAGCAAUAUUGAAGAGGACUUUGUACAGUCAGUUUUGCGCCGGAGAGACAGAGCAAGAGACGCGAGCUUGUGUCAAGCAGCUCAAGGAUCUGGGCUUCAAAGGCAUCAUUUUGACUUAUGCGAAAGAGAUGGUUUUUGAUCACAAGGCAAAGUCAGCAAAUCAUUAUACGUCGGACAAAUUUGUCGACAAGGCGGAAUCGGCACAUGAUGCGGAUAUUGAGGCGUGGAGAGUAGGGACGCUAAGAACGCUGGACUUGAUUUCUGAAGGCGACAUCUUGGCCAUAAAAACAACAGGCGGCGGCCCAGCCGUCUCUGCAGCCUUCAGCAAAGGCCAAUUGCCUCCCCAGCAAAUGCUCUCGGCGCUGGAUGAAAUCGCAAAAAAGUGUUCAGACCGCGGCGUUCAGAUCAUCGUCGACGCCGAGUCUCAGCACUGGCAGACGGGAAUCGCACGCACAACUCUCCAGCUCAUGCGCAAGUUCAAUCGCAACGGCAAAGCCAUCAUCUACAACACGUACCAAGCGUACCUCAAAGAAACGCCCGCAGUCGUCAUGCAGCACAUGGCCGAGGCCGAGGAACACGGGUUUACACUGGGCCUGAAGCUCGUUCGUGGAGCCUACAUAUUAUCCGACGACCGGGCCUUGAUCCACGACACCAAAGAGGACACGGACAACGCGUACAACAGCAUCGCCCACGGAGCAUUGCGUCAGCACCUCGGCGUCUUUGGCGGCUCAGGCCCGGAUUCCCGACCGUUUCCCUCGCUCAACCUUCUCCUCGCCUCGCAUAAUCGCCACUCCGUCUUGUCGGCUAGCGCUCUGCACCGCCAGCGCCGAGAGGCCGGACUCCUCACCGUACCUGUCGCAUAUGGCCAGCUGCACGGCAUGUCUGACGAAGUCAGUUUCUCGCUUCUUGCGCAAAGGACCGCCGGCGGCAUGCCGCCUGAGGUGUUCAAAUGCACGACUUGGGGCUCCAUGGGCAACCUAGGCACAUCCAUCCUACACACGCUGCUCAACACAGGCGCCACCAGCCCCAGCGCCACUUUCACACACUACAUCGCAUGCGUAGCCUCGGCAGCCUCGGCAACACGACUGGCGCAACGCUUCGCCGCACACAUAGCGAGCGGAACCCUACGCGUAGAACGCAGCAAUAACAAUAGCGCUGCGAUACGCGAUGCACACGUCGUUGUGCUGGCUGUGGAUCCCGCGCAGCUGUGUGCGACGUUGGCGGGAGACGGGGUGCGAGAAGCGUUUUAUCAGCGGCGGGGCUGUAAUGGCGAUGGCGAAACAGGAGAAAAAGAAGAAGAAGAAGAAGAAGAAGAAGACGGCAAACUACUCAUCAGCAUAGUUGCAGGCGUUUCAACAAGAUAUUUGGAAUCUCUUCUUCUUCCGCCUCCUCUUACACGUGCCAACGCCAACACGACUCGAAAACUCCACAUGCUGCGGACCCUCCCCAACGUCUGCGCCAGCGUAUCCCAAUCGCUCACGGCCAUCGAAUCGCCCGUAGAUUCAACCCGCAGUUUCCCAGCGGCGCAUCUCGAAACCGCAACUGCGCUGUUCAAUCACGUGGGCAAAGCCGUGGUAGUGGAGCCGCGACAUAUGGAUGCCACGACGGCGGUGGCCGGGUCAACGCCUGCGUUCUGGGCUGUGAUUGUAGAUGCGUUUGUGGAUGCAGCCGUGGCAGUGGGGUUGCCGCGGGCGCUGGCGCAGGCGCAGAUAUACCAGAGUAUGCGGGGCGCGGCGGAGAUGCUGGCGGGGGGUGUGGAGCCGGGCCAGUUGAGGGAUAUGGGGACGAGUCCUGAGGGGUGUACGAUUGGGGGGAUCAUGGUGUUGGAGGAGAUGGGCGUGAGGGGAGCGUUGGGAAAGGCAUUGCGGGAGAGCGUUACCAUUGCAAGGGAGAUGGGGAGGGGUGGUGGAGAGGGAGAGAAACAUGUGAAUGAUACGAGGAGGGAGUGA